UUUCCGUUGGAAGCAUCGUUUUCUUUAGGUUUUCAACUGAUUGUUUUUAUAACAAAAGAGGUUUUGAUGCGCCGGUAAUGGAUGUCACAUAAAUUGCCGUCUCUUAAAGUUUCCAGCCACUUCAAAACAGUGUAAAUCAUGUGAAAUGGCGACGAGUGAUUGGAGUUCAACGUACACGGACGGUGCAGUUUCCGCAAACCGGUCGCUUUCUCCCAUAGCUGUGUCAACAAGCUCUCCGCAAGACAGCGGGAAUAGUUCACCACAUUCUCCAGAUUUUGCUCGAGAUAGUAUUGAGCAGGCUGAAGACAUGAAUGAGACACCAAGGGAAAGAAGCCAUGUGGCUGAAUAUCAAAAAGAAAUUCAAGAUCUGAGAGGGCAAAUUCAGAAAUUACAGGAGGCUGGAAAUGUCGGAGAAUACUCUGAUUCCACUGAGCUCAGGCGAAAACUUGCCAGAAUUGAAGAGGAGCAUGCAGAGAAAAUCAGAGAAUCUAAUGAAGAGAUCAUGGGACUUCAGAGCCAAAUUGCCAAGCUACGAUCUGCAGUGGAGAAGGGCGAGGCAAACAGACAGAAGCUUGAAUAUGACCUGACUAUUGCAAACACAUCAGCCAGUCAAGAGAAGAGGAUGGCAGCUGAGAGGGAAAGCACUCUCCAGAAAACUGUUGCAAAUCUUAAAGAAAAUAUCAAUCAGCUUAAGAAACAGUUACAAAAUGUUGGAGAAGCCCUGGAAGAAACACGUCAAACUGGCAAAAACGAAGAACACAAAACUAACCAGUUACUUGCAGAAAAGGAAAAUAUGAUUCUCCAACUAACAAACCAACUGCAGAUUGAGGGAGAAGAGAAACGGAAACUUCAUGUUGUAAUCGAGGAACAAGAGAGUUUGUAUGCUGAAUUGCAGGAGAAGUGUUCAUCUCUUGAAACCCAAAGAUCAAGUCAGGGAGAAACUUUGCAAAAGCAAAUGAGAGAUCUGGAGUUCUAUUCUGAGAAGGAAGAGAGGUUGAAGAAAGAGAUUGAGCAAAAUCAGGAGCGAAUCAAAUCAUUGGAGGAGAGCAUUGAAGCCGAGAGAGCUGCACAUUUAGAAACCAAGUUCAACUCAGAGAUCAUUCAGUUGAAGGUGCGAGAUCUUGAAGGUGCAUUGGAGGUCGAAAAGUCUGUAGUGGAUGACGCUAAACAUAACCUUGAUACAUUGACAAAGCAGCACAGGGAGCUUGAAGCAGCUUUUGAAGAAGAGAGAGAUGCUUGUAAAGCAGAGAAAACAAGAGUUGCUAGUUUGGAGGAAAGCCUUGCCAAUGAAAGAAAGAAAAUGCAAGAAGAAAUUGAUGAAAAGCUGAAGAUCAUCACAGACUUGUCCAAACAGCUUGAGGUUCAUCAAAAGAAUUUUGAGGCGUUAAAACAUGAACUCAGUCAGGCAAAGAAACGCCAAAUUCAGCUGGACACCACUUAUGGUAGUAGUAUGCGUGAACUAGAACUCCUCCUCGAUAAUUUUCAGAUCGAAAAACCGGAGGAACACAAACGACAAGGCUACAAGAAAGAGAAACAAAAGGCCCUGUCGCCGGCUGCAGUGUUAGAGAAUCUUCGUCAUACAUUGGUGGAUUAUCAGAACAGAUGUUCAAAUGCUUCAGCUGAGUACAAAAGGAUGCGAGAGCUUGGCGAGAAGCUAUCAGCAGACUGUGAACAUUAUAAGGAAAUGGUGACCAGCAGGGACAAGGCUAUGAAAGAGGCGGAAAACAUAGUUGCAACUAAAGUAAAAGAGUUAGCCAAGGUGCGCCAAGAAUGCGCGGAGAAGGAAGCUACCAUUGCAGCCAUGAAAAUAGACUUACAAACACUGAACAAGGCAUUAGAAGAUGCCAAAAACAAAGUUGAAAACUCUGAGGAAGAGAAUAUCAAAGUCAAGAGUGUGUUAAAUCGUGAAGACGAGACUCAUCGCAUGUUCCUGCAUUCCUUGUAUCAGCGAAUGAUCACAGGGCAAGUCUAUGUUUCCUCACCAGACUCCGCGCUAUCCAAAUAUUCCUGGACGGACAUGUGUAAUUUGGUAUCAGAGCAAGUGUCAGCUCAUCUCAGUGAGCUUAAUAGAGCGACUGAAAGGAUUCAACACCUCGAGAGUGUGUUGUCAAGCAAAGAAGAGUCACUCCGACAAGUGCAAGAAGCUCACGAACAAACAGUGACCAAGCUCUCCUCUGCCAUUAAAGACCGCGAAGUGUCGUGGAAGAAACAGAAGGCUGAGCUUGAGGAGCAUUACAGUAAAUUGAUAAAAGAUCUUCAUUCCAGGACUCAGAAAACGCAAACAUUAGCAGACCAGGCUUGGGAAAGAGCUCACGAAACAGGCCAAGCUAAGGAUACACUCGAAAUGGAGAACGCACGGCUUCAGUUGUCUUUGGAGGAAAUACAUAGAAGCGAGUCUUCUCUGUUGACUGUUUGUGCACUUCUCGCGGGCGCCCUAUGGCCUGCGUUUGGGAGAAUACGAGCUUUGGCCUCUCAGCGUAGGAUAUUAUCCGAAUAUGUGAGAACAUUAGAAUCUCUUCGAGAUAAGACGAACACUUUGGGGGAAAUGUUAAGCCACGAGAUGGAAGCUGAGAAGAGGGGAAAAGAUGCUCCUCAAUCGAAAAAGCGGUCCCUGAGAGAUGGCCGCUGUCCCGUGUUGGUGUUUAGAGUGGGUGUCAUAGCUGUUAUUGCUGCCAACAGACUGCGCCAUUUUGGCUCCUUUAGUUUAAAGUUGUUUGUGUCGUCUGAGUCUCCCGGCGAGUUUGGCGGGAUGUCUAUUGUGUGCUGCGGGCAAAUGUCAAGGAAAGCUGACUUCAGGGGUGUGGUUAACAAACACAAACGAGAGUCUUCAGUAGGGGACACGUCACGCGCAGGUGCUAGGGUGACGUCAGCACAGGCUUGGUUAACCAGCUCUCAGUUACAAAGUCACCUCAUUAGUGCUGUGAGCGAACUGCAGUCGGCUCUCAACAAGAUGAACGAGGCAGAGGAUGGAGACUCUAGGAGGGAUGAACACGAUGGAUCUAGCAGAGCACAGAGUCCUUUGACUGGGAACAAUAUAAUAGCAGCAGCCAGAGGUGCCUACAGUAAAAUUAUCUCCAGGCUUCAAACAGAGUUCUCUGGACGGGUGAUAGGAGAAGAGGCUUGGCACGAGAGGUACUCAGGUUUCCGAGGGGAGAUGAUGGCGUCUUUGGGCUUGGGACUCCAACAAUGGCUGGCUAAAGCACCUGUGCAAGGAUUAUCUUACAUAUCGUCUCAGCGAACAAUUAGUGCACUUCAGAGUCAAAUCCUUGGCUUUACUCAGCGCCUUCAUGCGGCAGAAGUCGACAGACGUUCACUCAGACUUGAACUCUCCAGAAGUAAACAGGAGACUGCAGAGAUAAAGAGUGUCCAGUCCUCUUCUGAGACGCAGCAUCGUAAGGCCAAAGAGGAAGCGCGGGGUCUGGAGGAGAGACUUCAGGAAAUGAAAGAAGAGAUGCUAUCCAUGGUACCUAUGGCACGUUUUGAAAAUGUUUGCGAGGAGCUCAAUAACGCUCUAAGGCGAGAACAACAGGCCCAGGCCCUGCUUAAUGAGCAGACGACUCAGAUGCAAGAGAUGGGGGAGAGACUGGAGCUUCACGCUAACCAAGGAGAAGAAAAGGAUGUCACACUCGCUGAAGCUGUCAAGGGUCUCACUGAGGCAAAGAUGGAGCUUCGCCGUAAAGAACACGCCGUCCGCCAAGUCUCAAAGCAAAUGACGUACAUGGAAAACGAGAAAAAUGCUUUGAUAGACAGGCUGAACGAUGCCGAAAAAACAAUGACUGCCGCGGCCAGGGAAAAAGAAGCUUUAACAGGUUACUUGAAGUCGGUCGACAGAGCCCUGGAACAGAGCAAAGAUCAAGUACGACUAUCCAAGGGUGCCUUAGGGCCCUAUGAGCACACUCUGCCCCAACUCAUUCUUCCAGACGAGCGGUUAGCGAUGGAUGGUUUAAGCCUGAGUCCCGAAUUAUUAUCUUGCCAGCAUGUUGUGACGUCAUUUAUCGAGUGUCAGCAGCAGGCAUUGGACCGUAUCUCCGAGCUUGAAAUGGAUAAACAGCAGGCCUUGUCACGCGUGACACAUUUGGAAGAAGAGAUUAAGUCACACAAGGCUCACAUAGCCACUCUGAAGAACGAGCUGGCUGCUGCCUGUAGAAGACCCAUGAGUGAUGACGGGCUAAGCGAACCUGGGCACUACAUUCCUGGCGUGGAUGGGUUUUCCGGCAAGGAUUCUUCGCUGCAUCGCUUUUCAGAUCACAGAGAUGACGAGAACUUCAGGAGUUUCAUUCCUUUGUCGGCUCACCGUGAUUCUAGUGCAACUUUCAGGCCUUCGUUGGCCUCGACCAGCGGUUACCCAGACAGAAGUAAAGGCAGCUAUGGAAGUCCAAAGAGACGCUUGACAUCGAGCUACAGAAAACAGGGGAAAAAACUUGGACAAGACUUCUCCAAACUGCUUGAUCAAGGACUUUGAGAGCAAAGGCCAUUAAAGAUGUGUCCUCAUCUGUUAGCAAAGAUAGUUUGAUUUUCAACCCAUUGCGGUUUAACCAACCCAUACGUUCCUGCAUGAUAUGAGUUUGGCGUUGGUGAAGGCGAAAGCAGAAUAGAAACUAUGAAAAAUAACGGUACUGGGCACUUGUUUAGCUCAAAUCGUCUUUCACCAAAAAUAACGACGUCGCAAUGAAUAUUCUAGUGGAAAAAGUGUGCUAGUGUGCGGGCGGUAUCUGUCCUACGGAAGAGAUAUUUAAUUCUGGAGCUGUAUAGAAGAGGCUUAUUUGAUACAUUUACAUAGAUUAUUGAAUUGUAGUUUGUAUUUGAGAAUAUUGUAAGUUAUUUUAGUACAUUAAGGAGUUAUGGUUUUAAUUAAAACGGUAAUUCUUCUCACUGAAAUGUAGAAAAUAAAUGUGUUUUUGAUACA